CGCCCGUUCUCCUUCCCCCCCCCCCCCGAAACAUCGAGCUCUUACAGGUUAUUUUCCUAUAAAUCGAGCUUCAUUUUCUUUCAGGAGUUGCAUCUUUACCGAAGAUUUCUGUUUAGGUACUUGAGAAUCUUGGAAUGGGAGGGAUUCGAGGUAACUACUGUCGGUAAUCGAAGCAGAGCAAUAAUGUUUCCUGGUGGAUCCAAGCUUUAAGCGCUAGAUCGUGAGAUUUGCUGCGACAGGAACGUAGAUUCGAAAGGCUCAGGAUGUUUGAUGGGAGCGUGGCAUUGUCAUACAGCGCUGUGAACUUUCCUAUCCACGUCGUGGAGGAGCCGAACAAGCACCGGAUCCAUUUUAGAUCUCGGCCAUCUUCUACCUCUUCUCUUGCUCCGAAACCAGCUUCUACAUCGUCCACCUCUGGGAAGCCUGAGCCGGUUUCGUCUCCUUCGGGGAAUGGGUACAACGGUCCUUUCUUGGACUUGUCUAACACUGUGGGUGUCCUGGGUGGGGUUUCAGCUGCUUCCACCCUCAGGUUCUUGGAGAAGCUCGUCCAAUGGAGCUCCUCGGAUGGGCAGGAGACUCCCCCUUUUGUCGUUUGCAAUAACCCUGUGCUGAACCGAGAGCUCGCUCUGCAUCAGAGCGGUUGGGACUGCUGCACGCAAUCUGCUGGUUCUAUUGUCGUGGAGAAUCUCCGUCGGGAGAGGGUCUUCCUGGAGAGGGCUGGAGCUCGUUGCAUCGCUAUGCCGUGCCACGUCGCGCACGCUUGGCGCGAUGAGAUCGCCGAGGGGUGCUCUGUGCCACUCCUCGACGCCGGUGACUGUGUCGCCAAGGAACUGAAAGCAGCAAACCUGAAGCCGGUUGAAAUGGGAAGCAACGCUCGCAUAGGAAUUCUUGCCAUGGACGCAUUAAUCGUGGCUCGGCUGUAUCAGCAAAAACUCGAAAACCAGGGUUUCGAGGUGCUGCUACCCGACAAAGCAACCAUGGAGCACAUUGUCAUCCCUGCAAGGGAGGCAUUCGACAGGGAAGACAUGGAAGGUGCAAGAAAUCUGUUGAGGAUAUCGAUUCAAGUUCUUCUGGUGAGGGCUGUCAGUAGCAUUAUUCUUGUCUCUGAUUACAUGCAUGGACUCUUACCCGCGGACGACCCACUGCUGGGGAAAUGUGUUGACCCCAUGGAUGCUUUGGUCAGAGCCACUGUCCUCUGGGCUACAUCAACCGAAGAAGACAAACAGUAAGUGCAGAUGAUACAAGUGUCUUCGGAAGUGCAUUGUGCAUAUAGAAUGCCAGUUUAUGAUAUGGCCUGUUAGCACACUAAACAUAAGAUAUUGCUUCAGAUUGUAACUGCAAAAUAUGCUAUUAAAUUAUGCACUUGUAAACAUAAAUGUGAUUUUUGUUUGUCAAACUACAACAAUGCAGUCAGAAAGAGAUGAACAGAUGCACUGUUUAUGUGUA